UUUAACAUUUAUCAAACUGUUAUUUACAGGUGGAUGUUUUCAAUUCAUCCUGAAGGUGCUAAAUAUUGAUCAUUUUUCUCUUCAAUCAGAGAGCAUAAUGAUGAGUAUCAGUUGAAUUCGUUCUUUUUAGACAAUCUUAUAUGUGAUCGUACAAGUUCAAAAUGACCUCUUUCAAUCUUGAAUGGACAACAAAUCCUACCACCAUCAAAGGUAGAGUUUUAGGUAGAAAGAAACGAUCUGAACCUAAAAAAGUGGGCAAUACCAGUGGGUUCAAAGUAUUACUCGAACCUAAGGAAAAAGAGAGCACCAAAUCGAAACCUGAAGAAACACAGAAGAACCCUACAACACUCGCCAAGAAAAAAGAUUCCAGUAAUGAUACAAAUGGAAAUUCACUUGAAAACUCUGGGAAAUUUAAUAAAAAAGCAAAGAAGCAAACAACCAUCAGUAGACCUUCUGAAAAUGAGGACAAGAAAUUGGUAAAACGUAAAGCGAAGAAGGAUAAGGUGGCAAAUUCAAGUGCGGAGCAGACAGGAUCGAAACAAAGUUUUCCAUCUAAACAGGAUAAAUCAGAACAUAAACUUUUUUCUGAAAAGAAUAAAACGAACAAUAUACCUAAUAUUCGAGGAGUAUCGGUAGUUGAGAAAGUUUUCAGUAAAAGUGGAAAGUUCAGUGAUUUAGAUAUUCACAAAUAUGUAUUGUCGAACUUGGAGAAACAUGGAUUCAAUACAUUAACUAAUGUACAAGAAAAGGCCAUACCAUAUGUUUUGAAAGGAGGUGAUGUGCUCAUCCGUUCUCAGACUGGUUCUGGAAAAACUUUAGCUUACUCUGUACCAAUUGUUGAUGCACUACAGAGUAUAACACCGAGAUUAGAUAGGCAUCAAGGGCUCCAAGCCCUAAUCGUUGUACCAACUAGGGAAUUAGCUCUUCAAACACAUGAAAUCAUUUCAAAAAUAUGUACUUUCCAAUGGAUAGUUUCCGGUCAUCUUUGUGGUGGAGAAAACAGAAGUACAGAGAAAAAUAGGUUAAGAAAGGGAGUUCACAUAUUAGUAGCUACUCCAGGUCGUCUCCUUGAUCAUAUUUUACACACAUCAUCAUUCAAAACAAACAAUGUGAGAUGUUUGGUACUUGAUGAAGCUGAUAGGCUUCUUGAUAUGGGUUUCAAAAAAGAUAUAAUCAAAAUUGUUGAAGAACUUGACAAAUCGAAAAAAGAAGGAGAAUAUGACUGCAUGGCGUUGUUAAAAGGUGAAUCCCCCAAAGAAACUGACGUUUCCGAAACUGGAUACUGCCUAAGAAAUCCCAAAAGCAAGAAACGACAGACAAUACUCCUAUCGGCCACUCUCACAAAAGGCAUUGCCGAACUUGCAGAGUUCAUGAUGAAAGAACACACAUACGUCGAUGCUCUGGAUGAAUCAACCAAGAUCAAUCCGGAACAUAUGGUCAUACCAAGCACAGUCAAACAAGAGUACAUCAUAACCUACGUCAAGCAUCGUUUAUUCACCCUGUGCUCCAUCUUAGUGGCCAAGUCCAAAAAAAAUUGUAAGAUUUUAGUUUUCAUGGCUACAAGUCAGAUGGUCGACUUUCAUCAUGAACUCUUCUCGAAGUACCUCAAAGUGAUGCCAGUGAAUAGGGGCAAACUGAAGAGUGGAAAUGUUUUGUUGAUGAACGAAGCUGUUGAUUCGGAUGAUGAAGACGAGGAGGUAAUAGAUGCGCAGUUCUUCAAGUUGCAUGGUUCUAUGGAACAGGCGAGAAGAAAAACAGAGUUUCUGGGUUUCAAGAAAGCCGACAAGGGGAUACUUUUAUGCACGGACGUGGCUGCCAGAGGAAUAGACGUGCCCGAAGCCGACUUCGUAAUACAAUACACCGGACCACAAACCGACGAAGACUACAUCCACAGGGUAGGCAGGACGGGGCGGGCCAACCACGCCGGUACGGCCCUGAUAUUUUUAACGCACGACGAGCAGGACUACGUUACGCAUUUACAAAAACACAAGGUCUUUCUGAAAGAACGCGAUCCUACAGAGUUCUCCAGUCAUCUGUGCAACCUGAUGGAGGAACCGGAGCACGAGAAAGCUGCUUUGUCGCUCCAACGGAGGUUCGAGGAGGCGAUCGCAAACCACAAAGAUCUGUAUAAAAUGGCGUGUUUUGCGUAUUCGUCCUGGUCCAGAUUCUACAACUCUUACCCGGCGAAACUGAGGCAAAUUUUCAACUUCCAGAAGGUCAAUCUCGGUCAUUACGUCACCAGUUUCGCGAUCAAGGACACCCCCAGCGAUGUGGCCAAGGUUGUGAGGAGACAGGUGUCGAACAUCGAACCUAAGAGGCUCAACAAGAAAUUGGCGACGCACGAGGAUACCGAUUCCACAAAGAAAACGAAUAAACCACAGAAGCGAAAGAUAAAAUCCAUCUGCUUGACGACCUCGGAGUUCGAUAGCGGGCUUGAAUUCAAGAAGAAGAAAAAAUCUUAACUUCAAAACCUUUUCAAGUGCAAAUUUUCACUUUUGUAAAUAAAUGUUUUUUUUUAUCAUCCAAUGGUCGUUUUUCUUCAUAGAAUUGUAUGAAAAGUUGAUGUACAUAAUUCGAUUUUCACUAAAAAUAAACCUUAAUAAAUCAA